AAAAAAAGAAGGAAAAAAAAAAAAAAAAACAAACAAAAAACCCAAACUUGCUCAACUCGUUCCGGGAGGCGCCGGGCUCCAUGCGGCGGCGGGGCCGGUGCUGAGCCCCGGGGCCGCGGAGCCAUGGCCAUGGUGGCCGGCGGCUGGGGCGAGCCCAACGGCGGCGGCGGCGGCGGCGGCGGCGGGGAGGAGGCGGCGUCCCCCGCGGGCGGCGGCAGCGACGCGGAGCACGGCGAGGAGGAGCGGGCCGGGGCGGCCGUGGACUGCGUGGUGUGCGGGGACAAAUCCAGCGGGAAACACUACGGGGUCUUCACCUGCGAGGGCUGCAAGAGCUUCUUCAAACGCAGCAUCCGCAGGAACCUCAGCUACACCUGCAGGUCCAACCGCGACUGCCAGAUCGACCAGCACCACCGCAACCAAUGCCAGUACUGCCGCCUGAAGAAGUGUUUCCGUGUGGGGAUGAGGAAGGAAGCUGUGCAGCGGGGCCGGAUCCCCCCCACCCACUCCAGCACCAGCCCCAACACCAUGCCCAGUGGGGAAUACUUCAACGGGCAGCCGGUGUCGGAGCUCAUCUCGCAACUGCUGCGGGCUGAGCCCUACCCGGCCGCCCGCUACGGCUCGCAGUACGCGCAGCAGGGCAGCGUCAUGGGCAUCGACAAUAUCUGCGAGCUGGCCGCCCGCCUCCUCUUCAGCACGGUGGAAUGGGCCCGGAACAUCCCCUUUUUCCCUGAGUUGCCCGUCUCCGACCAAGUAGCCCUGCUCCGGCUCAGCUGGAGCGAGCUCUUCGUCCUCAACGCGGCACAGUCGGCGUUGCCGCUGCACAUGGCCCCGCUGCUGGCCGCUGCCGGCUUCCACGCCUCCCCUAUGUCGGCCGACCGCGUCGUCUCCUUCAUGGACCAGAUCCGCAUCUUCCAGGAUCAGGUGGAGAAGCUCAACCGGCUCCAGGUGGACUCGGCUGAGUACAGCUGCCUCAAAGCCAUCGCGCUCUUCACGCCGGAUGCCUGCGGCCUCUCGGACCCGGCGCACGUGGAGAGCUUGCAGGAGAAGGCGCAGGUGGCUCUCACGGAGUACGUGCGGUCGCAGUACCCCUCGCAGCCCCAGCGCUUCGGCCGGCUCCUGCUGCGGCUGCCGGCGCUCCGGGCCGUGCCGGCCGCCCUCAUCUCCCAGCUCUUCUUCAUGAGGCUGGUGGGGAAGACGCCCAUCGAAACACUAAUCAGGGACAUGCUGCUGUCCGGGAGCACCUUCAACUGGCCCUAUGGGACGGGGCAGUAGGGGACAGAGCCUCUCCUCCCCACCUCUGCCCAGGGACCCCCAGCAGCCGGACUCGGAUUCCCUCCAGCACCCCAAGAUGGUGCCGUCCCUGGGGAGCCCCGAACUGCGCUGGCCCCCUUGCCCCGCAGCCGUCUGGUAGCUCGACCGUCCCCCCAAAAGCAGCGGGGUCGCGGCGUUGCCCUCCUAACCCCAAAGGUACUGGCCGUGCCGCCGCUGUUGGACACCGAACUCUUCUGUACCCCGCUGAAGUGGAGCUCCCUGGCCCCCCCCCGGGGACAUUGGAGCAUCCCCGGGGCUGGUCCCUCGCUCUGUCCCUGCGUCGGAGCCGGGCUGGAGCCCAGAG